AUGAUUGACGCUUCUGGUACUACUGCAGCCCCCACUGUCGCCGAGGACAGAGAGCAGGCUCCUUUGUUACUUGCGCCUGAUGUGCCGCCUCCUUCCAAAGCAGCCGCAGCCGCGGUCCCGAGUACCCAAGGUAAUGAUGGUCUCUAUGGCCUCACCUCGAAAUGGCCCGUGGCCAACGACCUCGCCGGAUCAAGUCUCCCAUGCCGUCUCGAGGGAGAGAUUGGCGACUUGGUCGUGUUAGGAUCGAUCCCACCUGAGAUCAACGGGACGUUCUAUCGAGUCAUGUGCGAUCCAUUUGUGCCUCCAGAUCCCAGGAACGUGUCGAUCGAUGGCGACGGCAAUAUCUCUGCUUUUCGGUUCCACGAUGGACAGGUGGACAUGAAGAUGCGGUACAUCGAGACUGAGCGGUACAGGCUCGAACGAAAAGCCAAGAAGGCCCUCUUCGGUCUUUAUCGCAAUCCAUUCACCCAUCAUCCUUGCGUCAAGGCCGCCGUCGACUCUACUGCCAACACCAAUUUGGUCUACUGGGCAGACAAGUUGUUGGCUCUCAAAGAAGUCGCUCUCCCUUACGAGGUAGAUCCGGACACCCUCGAGACUCUCGGUUACGACCCUUUCGCCGAGCAGAACAUCAAGUCCAAAACUUUCACGGCUCACCCCAAAAUCGACCCUUUCACGAAUGAGCUGGUCUGUUUCGGUUACGAGGCCAAAGGUCUCGCAACCCUCGAUGUAGUGACGUACGCCUUGGAUGCACAGGGCCAGAAGACCGGGGAAGAAUUUUGGCUCCAAUCCCCUUGGUGCGCAUUCAUCCACGACUGCGCCAUCACUCCAAACUUCAUCAUUCUUUUCCUCUGGCCAUUCGAGGCGAACGUGGCAAGGAUGAAGGCGGGAAAGCAGCAUUGGGCUUGGAGCUAUGAUUUGCCAGCCACUUUCAUCGUCAUUCCACGACGAGAGGGAGCGGCUGCCAGACACGGUUGGAAGAAGGGAGAGCACCGUGUCUAUUCUUGGAAGAAUUGUAUGCCCAUCCAUACAGCUGGCGCUUGGGAGACCGCCGAUGGCUCUAGGAUCUGUGUCGAGAGUUCCAGGGUGCACGACAACGCAUUCCCCUUCUUUCCUCCCGACGACGGACGAAUGCCUUCGGCGGAGACCAAGGCCGAUUUCGUGCGCUGGGAACUGGACCUCUCCAAGCCAAGCGGUACUACAGUGCCGGAUCCUCUGGUGGUGCUCGAUCUGCCAUCGGAGUUUCCGAGGAUCGACGAGCGUUUCAUGACGAAGCAGUACGAGUGGCUGUUCCUCAACGUCUUCAUACCGGAGAACGCGGAUGGCUCCAAGAACAUCUUCCACGGCCUGAACGGCCUUGCCAUGCAUAGCAACAAGACCGGCAAGUCCCGGUACUUCUACGCGGGGGACGGUUCCUUGUGUCAAGAACCGGUCUUCAUCCCACGCUCUGCAAAUGCCCCUGAAGGUGACGGUUGGGUCAUGACCCUAGUCGAGCGACGAGACGCUGGCCGAUGCGACGUGGCCAUCAUCGAUACACGAGAGUUCGAGAAGCCCGUCGCCAUUGUCCAGCUACCGUUCCACAUCAAGGCCCAAAUCCAUGGGAACUGGGUCCCGGCGGCGGCUCGCACGACGGAAAAGAGUCUUGUAAGGGAGAUUGGCGAGACCAAAAUCAGUGGAAUGGGCGCUUUAGAGCCAACGCUGUAG